AUGGCUGUUGCAUAUAUGUUUGACGAGGAGGUUGGGUUGUUCCACUACGGCCCUAGACACCCCAUGAAGCCGUUUAGAACGGUGGUUACGCACUCGCUAGUGAAAUCCUUUGGGCUCGACAAGAAGAUGACGAUAGUUAAGCCGGAAGUCUUUCCUCUGUCGUCAUACCACACGGAGGAGUAUCUGGGGAAUCUUGGGAAGAACGAGACGCCCGACUGCCCCAACUUCAUUGGCCUUCCCAGAUUCUGCGAGCUGUAUGGUAGCGCCUCCAUAAACUCUGCAAUGAUUCUUUCGGAGGGAGCAUACAGCACCGUGAUCAACUGGAGUGGAGGGUUGCACCAUGCACAUAAGGCCAUUCCCAGCGGGUUCUGCCAUGUCAACGACAUUGUGCUGGCAAUUCUGGAGCUUCUCAAGACAUAUCGGAGGGUUAUGUACAUAGACAUAGAUGUCCACCAUGGAGACGGAGUCGAGGAGGCGUUUCUGGAGUGCGACAGGGUUCUGACUCUUUCUCUACACAAGUAUGGAGACGGGUUUUUUCCUGAGACAGGAACUUUGAUCACGACGGGUCACAGAGCUGUGAAUGUCCCGCUUCUGUCUGGGAUUGAUGACCCGAGUUACAGAUACAUCUUCGAGCCGAUUGUGGAGUCCUGUGUUAGGAGGUUUUCGCCGGAUGCGAUUGUCCUGCAGUGCGGUGCAGAUUCCCUGGGGGAGGAUAGACUCGGAUGCUUCAACCUCUCGAUAGAGGGCCAUGCAUCCUGCGUUCGGUUUGUUAGUUCGCUUGGGAUUCCUCUGCUCUGUCUAGGCGGGGGAGGAUACACCCUGACCAAUGUUGCAAGGUGCUGGGCAUAUGAGACGGCUGUUCUGUGUGGGGAGGAUCCGGCCACCGAGAUUCCCAGCGACAACCCGUUCUAUACGUACUUUGGGCCUCUGCACACCGUCAAUCCUGUGUUCAAAAGGAAGUAUGCUAACAGAAACGACGUGGAGUACCUGGACAUGGUUAUGAGCUUUAUCCUUGACAAGGUAGAUAGAUUUUGA